AUGUCCAUUCGACAGCAGGACACAGAGUUGAUGCCAUCAGAGACAGUUCUGAUGUCCUACGAAUGGAUUAGUCAGUCCCUCUCAACCAACAGCACAUUUCGGAAGAGGUUCCCAAGGAGAUUAUGUAUAACAUCACAUUUUUCCUCUUACUCAGAUGACUGUCCCUUCACUGCCACUAAGUCUUUGUCCUGCACUAGUGUCAAUGCUAGAGGCAAACUAGCCUCCUGUCCUGCUGGGAUGGCUGUCACUGGUUGUGCCUGUGGCUAUGGUUGUGGAUCAUGGGAUAUCCAGAAUGGAAAUACCUGCCACUGUCAGUGCGCAGGCAUGGACUGGACCACCGCCCGCUGCUGCCAACUGGCCUGAGAAUGAGGAGGCUGAGAACCUAGUUUGGAAAUGAUGACUGUAAAGAAACUGCAGUCUCAACUUGGCAACCUGGCUCAUAUCCCUUGAUGAAUUCAUAUUCGCUAUUAAUACUGCUUCUUGAAAAAUAAAGACAAAUUUCUCUCUCUCUCUCUCUCUCUCUCUCUCUCUCUCUCUCUCUCUCUCUCUCUGGUUUUGAGACUGGGUUUCUCUGUGUGGCUUUGAUCCUGUCUUGGAACUCUCUCUGUAAACCAGGCUGGCCUUGAACUCACAGAGACCCGCCCGCCUCUGCCUCUUAAGUGCUAGGAUUAAAGGCAUGUGCCACCACUGCUCAGCUUUUAUGUUAUGUCUCUAAUGUUAUUUCCCCUAUCUUGGGAAGCCUCUUGCCAGAAAACAUUUUCAGUACCUCAGAUUACAUCUCUGAAUGGCAUGUGAGAUGCGUGGCUAGGAAAUAUAUGGGAAGAAUGGGAAAUGGACAGAUCCUCCACUUCUCCUAGUCCCUCUGUUCAGAAAGCCUUGAGU